UCCACUGAGUAAACAAAUCCCAAAGCAAAUUUCACUAACUGAAAACUUUAAUACUAAAGAUGAAGAAAAUCGUCACCUUCGUAACCUUACUAGUUGCUCACAAUAUCUCAAAUGCUCAAAAUUCUGCUGAUUUUCUUAAUGUAGAAACGUUUGCACAAGUCAUUCAACCACAAUUUGUACUUUUUUACGCUCCGUGGUGUAGUCACUGUAAACAACUGCUUCCAACGUGGAAUGAACUUGCAGAUAAAUCACGCAAUCAAAAUAAAUGGAAUAAAAUGAAGAUAAGCAAAGUAAAUUGCAUCGAAGAAACAGCAUUCUGCUCUGAUCAAAAUAUUGUGGCAUAUCCAACAAUGAAAUUGUUUCACAAAGGAGACAUGAGAAGAUAUGAUGGCAGGCGAAGCCUUGGACAACUUGAAAUAUUUAUCGACAAUGUUUUAAAUAAUAAAAUCAAUAUCCUGGAAGAAGAAGGUUUAUUGACACUGACAAAUGAAAAUUUUGAUGUUCACAUAAAGCAAGGAGAUGGUCUUCAUUUUGUUGAUUUCUAUGCUCCUUGGUGUAUUCAUUGUAAACAAUUUGAACCAACAUGGAAAGCCAUUGCUAAACAUUAUCAAAAUAAUCCUGACAUUACCAUUGGAAAAGUGGACUGUACAAUUGAAACGUCAAAAUGCAGAAAAUGGGGAGUUGAUAGUUUCCCGACUUUAACAAUGUUUCAAGAUGGAAAAAAGUUGGAUACAUACAAAGGGAGCAGAGAUAUUGAAGCAGUGAAAAGCUACAUCAACAACAUGCUAUAUCAACAUAAUAUCAAAGACAACAUGAAAGAAUCUGUGGAGACACCAUCUGCCCUUAAUACAGAAGAAGAUGUCUACCUUCAGUCAGACGAUCAAGAUGCUAUUAACUCCAACCCUGUUGUUCAAGUCAUAGACAGGACCUUUGAUAUGCUUGUUAACCAAGAGACAGUUUUUAUUAAUUUUUAUGUUCCAUGGUCAAAAGAGUCUAAAGCACUCCAGGAAAUCUGGAAUAAUUUAGGAAUGCUUUCUCAAAGAGAAGCUUUGGCCACCAUAGCUCAGAUUGACUGCUCAAAAUUUUCUGAAGUCUGUAAGAAGCAACAAAUCUCACAAUAUCCAACUCUGAUCCUGUUUAAAGAUGGCAAUAAACAUUACUACGAUGAAGAGAAAACUUUAAAUUCCUUGUACAACUUUGUCAAACAAUACAUGCAUGAUGAAUUAUGAAUUGUAUUUAUCUGUACACGAGACAUCAUAAGAGGUGUUGAUAUUUAAGGUGAAUACACAUAUUUAUAUAUUAGAUAGCCUUCCCAGACAGAGCAAUAUUUGCAUUGGAGUGGAGGUAAUAGUUACAUAAAAUAUAUUUUGCACCUUGGUA